GCAGAACGGUUCAGCAUGUGGCUGGUUAACGGGGAGGCGGGGUCACAGCGGGAGUGUCCUUGAGAUGUGAACACCUACUCCCCACACCGUGCAGCAGCAUAGUUCUUCCAACGUCCUUCAGGACAACCAGGGACAAGAUAGCCCCAAAUCGCUGAAAAUGCGAAAACUGUGAUCAGACUGGCGCAGAGCUUCUUCAAAGUCCGGUUUAAUUCAUUCGAGAAACCAGUGCUGUUACGCACCACGCUUCAGCAGAUGUGCUGCCAGUUGUCACAUUCAUGCCCUGGAUGAAUUUCUCCGAGGUCUGGCGGAACUGAUCGCAUUUUAGUGGAGAGAAACCAAUUAUUUUUUUAGAAAAGAUACCUAAAAUGGCCAUGGCAAAUGGCCAUAAUCGGAACUCGACUGUCGCUGGUGGAAACGAGCUGAAAAUUGUGAUAGUUGGGGACGGUGGAUGUGGUAAAACGUCCUUACUUAUGGUAUUUGCCAAGGGGGACUUUCCAGAACAAUAUGCCCCAUCAGUGUUCGAGAAGUAUGCGACAGAUAUCACAAUUAGGAACAAGAAAGUCACCUUGACUUUAUAUGACACAGCAGGUCAAGAGGACUAUGAUAGACUCCGCCCACUAUCCUACCAAGAUACAAAUGUUAUCUUAAUCUGUUACGAUGUUACAAACCCCACAAGUUUUGAGAAUGUUCGGAUCAAGUGGGUUCCAGAAGUCAAUCACUUCUGCCAGGAAGUUCCCAUCCUCCUGAUUGGCUGCAAAACAGACCUUCGAAUGGAUAAAGAGCGCUUGAGAAGACUGAGAGCUGCCCAACAGGAACCGAUUACAUACAAUCAGGGUGAAGAAACUGCUCGCCAGAUUAACGCUGUGAUGUACUUGGAAUGCUCAGCCAAAUUCCGUGAGAACAUAGAGGACAUCUUUAAAGAAGCUUCCAGUGCAGCUUUAAGUGCCUUGAAGAAGAAAAAGAGCAAGAGGAAGAGAAAGCAGAAGCAAUGCCUGCUUCUUUGACAGUUUGUACCUGUAGUGUUAUUGGUCAGGACUGUGUGCCAUGUAGUGCGUUGUAAAUUUGUCAAAGAUGUCAAUAAUUAUGCAUAUUUUUACAACCUUUUAAAUGAACUCGGUUACUGUCAGGGAUUUAUUUUUCCACAUAUUUUUGGAAAAAAAUUUGGCUAUAUAAUCUCAGAAAGAUGCCCAAAAAUAAUUCCUAUGCAAGCCUCUCCAAUGUCCAGAAACACAUGUUCCUAGAAAAUAGAAAUUACCCCAACAAAUAAAUUGGAAAGUACUGCAAGUGCUGAAAUACCUGAAACAAAAAGAAUAAGAAUGAAAAUGACGACAAUAUCUUGAAAAGGCAUUGCUUUAAAUGUGAAGCAACACCCUGCCUGAGAUGUUGCAUGGUGCUGACUAACAUGUUGUGCAGUUCCAGAAAUUACUACUUUUGUGCAAAAACAGUUUAAGUCACUCAGCAUCACUUUACCCCGCUAAUAGUGUUGGAUUUAGUGCUGAUUUGCAUCAUGCAUCUAAUGAAUGCAAAUUUUUUUUCUAAAUUAUUAAAUGUAAAGGUCACAAAAACUAGCAACUAUUUUCAAAUCAGCCAUGCUCAAAAAUGUCAGAUUUACAAUGACACCUGCUAUUAUGAGCAUCAGCUAAUCAGCACGAAAGCACUUUCAAGAGAAUUAUUUUUUCAUCUUUGAUGACCCUCCUCUCCCAAGGAACACUGUUCAACAACUCUUCUCUAGUACUUUUCUCAAGUUACCUGGUUUGUAAAUUUGUGAACCUAGGGCUUAAGUAACAUCUAGUUAUACAACAAUGGGAACUCAAAAGCACUAUCCUCACAUUAUUUAAUAUCUUGUUUCCAGGAACAAUCAGGAAGGGAAAUAUCUGUAAAUACUUUUCCUCUGCAGACUCAGGGAGGUGGAUGCCAGUGGUAGCAUCUCUACUACUGCUCCAAAUGAGAGCAGUUAAUUCAACAACAUAUGGGAAAUCGAACAAGGGCUUCUGGUCUGUGCUCUUACUUAUACACAUACACACACACACACACACACACACACACACACACACACACACACACACACACACAGCCUUUAAAACUGACCCAGGUCUCAAGCACUUUUCAAUUUAAAAAAAUCACAUGCAGAAGAAUCAGGUUUAAAUGCAUUUUGUUGACCAGUGAGAAUUUUUUUUAACUAAUCAUGGUGCCUGUCUACUAGAAAUAAUAAAUUCAAGAAUGCAGUGAGAGCUGGACUAGAUUAUGCUCAGUUUUGUUUCCAUAAAACAGAAGCAGGAUUAAACUGCUUUCUGUUGGAAAAACACUCUGCUACUUUUCCAAUAUCAGAUACAACAUCCCUGGGGAAAAUCAGUUCAGUAUUUUGUAUUCACAGCAUUUCUUCAAUUUUUACAAAGUUUUAGCUUUUCAUUAAAAUGUUACAAUUAAUUUAUGCAAAUUAUAGGAAAGGGUUUAAGAUUAUAGUACAAUAAUGUAAAAGCAAGGAGCCUAAUUAAUGAAGGAUGAAAAGGGCCUUACUCAUUGGCCUACCAUUUCUGAAAUUUAAGGAAGCAUUGACAGGGCCUGUAGAGACACAACUGCCUACCUGCUCCAGCAGUGGCAGUAGUCAGCACUAGCUUCCUCAGCAAUACAAAUCUAGAAAAAGGAACCAUUCACUGCAAUUUUCUGUCAAUAUGUGUUCAGCAAGAUGAAGGUAAUCUCCUUCUAAAUCUUAAGUGGUACUUCAGAAAAUUUUCAUGAUCUUUCCCACAAUUGUACUGUAUUUGAUAAACCUGUAUUUUAAAGAACUAUUCCCUUUUCUUGAUUACAGUGGACCUUGGAACAUCUUUUUUCCACUGUGCUAUCAGUUAAUUCUUUGAGAUAAAAUGUUGGAGAUCUGUAUCUGAAACUUAUUACUUCAUUCAACAACAAUUUGUGGAAUGUAGGAAUGCAUUGCAGCCAUUAAGAGUUAUAGUCAAUAAACUGACAAUUUGUUAUAGGAUUGUUGGUAAAGUAAGUUAUAAUUUGAUUCUAAUAUUUAGCAAAAUGUAAGCAGUAACCCAAAUUUAUUUUAUUGCACAUUUGCUGGUUAAGAACUGCACUGUGAGCCAAAUCUGCUUGGCUUAGAAAGUAUCAGCUUGAACAUCUGAAUCCUGCAUUUCACAACUAUUGCCAGUGCUAUCUAGUAAAAAAUGUAUUUUAUAUGAACUGAUAAAAAGUAAAUGCUUUCUUAAAAAGUG